AUGGUUUCAUACUCAAGCCUACUCCUCGCCUUCUCAGCCAUUGCUGGCUCCCUCGCUGCUCCAGCAGAGAGCAUUGUCAAGGAUGACAUCGCCAAACGAGGUCCAUCCAACUUCGUCAUCAACGCAACAAACGCCACCUCCUCCCUCGCUCGUCGAUCCGCCAUCAAUUACAAUCAGGAUUACACCACCGGCGGAACAGUGAAUUACUAUCAUUCCAGCACCGGGUUUCAAGUUAACUGGAGCACUCAGAACGAUUUCGUAGUCGGAAUUGGCUGGAGUCCUGGCUCGACCACCUCCAUCAACUUCGGCGGCCAAUUCUCCGUCUCUUCCGGUACAGGCCUCCUCUCCGUCUACGGCUGGUCCACCAACCCUCUCGUAGAAUACUACAUAAUCGAAGACUACGCCAACCCACCCAGUUUCGGUACCCAAAAGGGAACCGUCUACAGCGACGGCAGCAACUACGUAAUCUGGGAGAAUACGCGGUACAAUGAGCCUUCGAUUGAAGGCACGUCGACAUUCAAUCAGUACAUCUCUGUGCGUCAGUCGCCGCGUACAGAGGGGACGAUUACGGUGCAGAAUCAUUUCAAUGCUUGGGGUAAAUUGGGGAUGAAUUUGGGAUCGUUGAAUUAUCAGGUUGUUGCUGUUGAGGGCUGGGGUGGUAGUGGUUCUGCAUCGUAUGCUGUUAAUAACAAUUAG